CACUGUGCACAUGCGCAGUUCUGGUGCUGCCGGGCUGAGGUGGCCGCCACCGGGAGCUGGGGGUGGCCCCGCGGCGCGAUGGCCGAGGCCGGCGGGGAAGUCGUCGCGGUGUCCCCGUCCGGGGCUGCCGGCGGCCUCAGCAAUGGGGCGGGCGCGGCCUCGGCGCAGACCAGCAACCCGCUGUCGCGGAAGCUGCACAAGAUCCUGGAGACGCGGCUGGACAACGACAAGGAGAUGUUGGAGGCGCUCAAGGCCCUUUCGACCUUUUUUGUUGAAAACAGUUUGCGGACUCGAAGGAAUUUACGUGGCGAUAUUGAGCGCAGGAGUUUAGCCAUCAAUGAAGAAUUUGUAAGCAUUUUCAAGGAGGUGAAGGAAGAGCUGGAGAGCAUAAAUGAAGACGUGCAGGCAAUGAGCAGCUGCUGCCAAGACAUGACAAGCCGCCUACAGGCAGCAAAGGAGCAGACUCAAGACUUAAUAGUCAAAACCACUAAGCUUCAAGCUGAAAGCCAGAGGUUAGAAAUAAGAGCGCAAGUUGCCGAUGCGUUCUUGGCCAAGUUCCAGCUCACUGCAGAAGAGAUGAGCCUCCUCCGGGGUGUGAGAGACGGGCCCGUCACCGAGGAUUUCUUCAAGGCAUUGGGGAGAGUAAAACAGAUCCAUAAUGAUGUCAAGGUUCUCCUGCGUACAAACCAGCAAACAGCGGGGCUGGAGAUCAUGGAGCAGAUGGCCUUGCUGCAGGAGACGGCCUACGAGCGGCUCUACCGCUGGGCUCAGAGUGAAUGCCGAGCGCUGACCCAGGAGUCCUGCGACAUCUCCCCGGUGGUGACGCGGGCCAUGGAAGCCCUGCAGGACCGGCCCGUCCUGUACAAGUACACCCUGGACGAGUUCGGCACGGCCAGAAGGAGCACCGUGGUCCGCGGGUUCAUCGACGCGCUGACCAGAGGGGGCCCGGGGGGCACGCCCAGGCCCAUCGAGAUGCACUCCCACGACCCUCUGAGGUACGUGGGGGACAUGUUGGCGUGGCUGCACCAGGCGACCGCGUCUGAAAAGGAGCACCUGGAAGCCCUCUUAAAGCACGUGACCACGCAAGGUGUGGAAGAAAGCGUUCAGGAAGUCGUGGGGCACAUCACCGAGGGCGUGUGCAGGCCGCUGAAGGUUCGGAUUGAACAAGUAAUAGUUGCUGAACCUGGAGCAGUUUUAUUAUAUAAAAUCUCUAACCUCCUUAAAUUUUACCAUCACACCAUCAGCGGCAUCGUGGGAAACAGUGCGACCACGUUGCUGACCACCAUCGAAGAAAUGCAUCUGCUCAGCAAAAAAAUAUUCUUCAACAGCCUGAGUCUUCACGCGAGCAAACUGAUGGACAAGGUCGAACUCCCCCCGCCUGACCUUGGGCCAAGUUCUGCGUUGAACCAGACGCUCACGUUGUUGCGCGAGGUCCUGGCCUCCCACGAUUCUUCAGUUGUGCCGUUGGAUGCCCGUCAGGCGGAUUUUGUGCAGGUUUUGUCGUGUGUCCUGGACCCCCUGCUCCAGAUGUGCACGGUGUCGGCCAGCAGCCUGGGCACGGCCGACAUGGCCACGUUCAUGGUGAAUUCGCUGUACAUGAUGAAGACGACCCUGGCCCUGUUCGAGUUCACCGACCGGCGUCUGGAGAUGCUGCAGUUUCAGAUCGAAGCGCAUCUGGACACCCUCAUAAACGAGCAAGCUUCGUACGUGCUGACCAGGGCAGGCUUGAGCUACAUCUACAACACCGUGCAGCAGCACCGGCCUGAGCAGGGUGCCUUAGCUAACUUGCCCAACCUCGACUCGGUGGCCCUGAAGGCCGCGAUGGUCCAGUUCGACCGCUACCUCUCGGCCCCCGACAGCCUGCUGAUGCCGCAGCUGAACUUCCUGCUGAGCGCCACGGUGAAGGAGCAGAUCCUGAGGCAGUCCACGGAGCUGGUCUGCAGAGCCUACGCGGAGGUGCACGCCGCCGUGACCAGCCCGGCCGGCGGCUACAGAGACCCGGAGGCCAUCCUGCACCGGUCGCCGCAGCAGGUGCGGGCGCUCCUCUCCUGAUCCCGGGGUGCGCGGCGGCCGGACCCCGCCCCCCUGGAGCGCCAGGCGGUUCGCUAGGUUUCUAGGCUGUGAGAUCUUCACGUGAGAUUGGGUGAUGGCGGUUUCCUUCGCAGCGUGAGAUUGUGAGUCCCGGUAACUGCUUCGUGUGGCCACAGUAACCUGCGAGCGAGUGACGCACGCGGGCCCGCGCUCGUGCCGCUCUGCGUCCGCGCUGUGCGGAGAGCGGCUCUGCUCCCCUCCGCUGGCGCCUCGCCGGCCCUGCGGCUCCCUCUCCGCCGGAACAGAAUGAUGGGGGCGGGGGGGCCGUGUGAGAGGUUUGAGGGGUCUUCUGGUAAGAUUGGUUUUACAUUAACUGUACAUAAAAAAACUAAACUUAUGGCUUAGUAUGAGGGUAGGACCUAAUAAAUGCCUCUUUACCUAGAGAUUCACUUGCGAUGUCAUUAGUUAUUAAUGUGAGCAGUGCACUUGAACUGAGGAGCAGAAAUACACACUCAGCAAGAAGGGGGAGGAGGGAGAGAGCAGUUUAAACAGCGUGUGCCCUGGGCGGAAUUCAACGUGAAGCUGAGGCGUGCAGGCCCCCCGUGUGGCACGCAAGUCUCGUAUUGAAGGGUAGAUACUGGUUCUACUGUGCAGACUCGGGAUUCAGCCAGGCGCUGCUUGGCCUGAAGUUCCAGCCAAGGGCGUGGCGAUCUGCUCUAACGCUGGGGGCGGGGAAACGCCCGAGGAGCCGUUGCUGAUGGGCAGAGCAGGUGUCUGUCUCCGGGGCCCCUCACCAGGAGCCGUGGGGUUCUCACUUCAGUGCUCGUCCUGUGGCCUUGCCUUGCUGGUGAGAUUUGGAGGAGAAUUCUUGCUAGCAGAAUAUCUUAACUUCUGGUAAAUCAACAGAAAGAAGUAAUCUCCUAAAUUAUAAAUGAGAAAACUGAGGCGUAAGGAGAGGUUGACUAGGUGAAGAUAUCCUGAAAAGUAGUUACAUGAAAUUAAAAUUUGUGUAACACAUAUGUGACAAAUUAGCAGUUACAGAACAUAGUCUGUUCAUCUGUCUGAAAUGUACAAUUGUUUAUAUUAAUGUGAUUCUUUGGGAACUAGAAGAGUGUAUGUGCCCUGUUGUUAUAAGUCUGUAUUUUUAGUCCAUUUCCUCCAAUGACUUUGUGUGACAUAUAAAAGAUAGAGAAUAAAGUAGGAUAUAAAUCAAGA